AUGCCGGCUUGCGACAUCCUCACCCGUCGCAGCGACGGCGACAGCAGCCUCGGCUCGGACGUCGUCCCCAUCAUCGGCAUCGCCAUAGCCGCGGCCAUAGCUGGCAUCGCAGCCAUCGCCGUCGGUGUCUACUUCUGGCGGAAACGCCGCGCCGCGAAGCGGGAACGCGACGCAUGGCAGAGCCGCAUCUCUGUCUUCCCUACGGUCCGCAUCGAGACUACGCCGUCGAGAGCGGCAGACGGAAGCGUUGCACAGAUGACCCAAGCCAAGGGGAACGGCUUCUCGCGCGCGCAGCUCACGAAGAGCGUGAUCAUGCCCGAAAGGGCCGUGCUGAAGAACAACGCGUCCAAGGAGGAGAUAGUGGACUACUACGCCGCGGAGGGCAAGCUCCCGCGCCCGUUCGCGCCGUUCACGCGGGACGGGUCGCUGAGCAGCGGGCCGCCGUCGCCGAAGGAGUCGAGCCGGAGCUCGCGCAGCUCGAUGCUGCGGCCGACGUCGACGGCGUCGUUCCUGAGCGUCGCGUCGGCGUACUCGAGCCGGUCGAGCGCGAAGCGGCAGAGCACGGCGUCGGCGAUGUCGUCGUUCGACGAGGGCAACAAGCGCAAGGUCCGCCAGCUGUUCCACCCGACGCUCCCCGACGAGCUCGUGCUGAACCUCGGCGAGCGCGUGACGAUCGUGAACACGUUCGACGACGGGUGGUGCAUCGUGGGGCGGGACAGCGUGUUCGCGCCGGGCGACGUCGACCUCGGCGCGGUGCCCGCGUGGGUGUUCGUCAAGCCGAUUAAGGGCUUGCGGGCGGAGCGGCCGAUACGCACGACGAGCUUGGGCGUCACCGUGACGCUCGACAUGCCCGGCGCGGCGAGGCAGGACGUCGUCUCGUGGUCCAACUUCUCUUGA